AUGGCAAGGGGUCUUGUGAGGCACAGAAUAGGGGCGGGAAAUUGCACAAGCAUGUGGAUGGACUACUGGUUACCUAAUGGACCCAUCACAAUGCAGCUUGGUCUCUCUGAUGUGGAAAUUCUUCAGUUGGACCCUAGAGUCACAGUUGAUAGUCUAAUUUCCAACAAUCAGUGGGAAGUACCAAUCUCUCUCCAACAAAUCCCUUUUUUCCAAAGCCAAGCCUUCACUUUACAGCUGCAAAAUAUCCAACCCCCUUCACAUGCCUCAGAUAAAGUAGAAUGGAUCCCUAGUUCUCCCAAUGAAUACUCUCAUAGGCUCACCAUGGAGUAUUUUACUCCUCCCAAUGCUUGGGAUCAGCUUGUAUGGUUCAAACAUCGCAUCCCAAAGCAUGGCUAUAUUGUCUGGCUGGCACUUAAAAAGAGACUUGCCACACUUGACACCAAACCAAUGAUGACGAAACACUACACCAAUGCAUGCUACCUUUGCCUUGCACAAGCGGAAUCACUUGACCAUAUCUUCUUCAAAUGCCAAUUCAGCUCCAGAAUCUGGGAAUUUGUUCAACAUGCAGCUGGGUUUUACAUUAAACCUGACAGUUGGAAUGACAUGGAUGCAGGAUCACUUCAUCACUCACAAGCUGCUACUUUCAAGUGCAAUCUACUUCAUUUGGCAAGAAAGAAAUGCAAGAGCAUUCAGGAAUAA